GCUUUUACGGGCUGGACGAGUCUGACCUGGACAAGGUCUUCCACUUGCCCACAACCACGUUCAUCGGUGGAAACGAAUCGGCUCUUCCGCUGCGGGAAAUCAUCCGGCGCCUGGAGAUGGCGUACUGCCAGCACAUCGGCGUGGAGUUCAUGUUCAUCAACGACCUGGAGCAGUGCCAGUGGAUCCGGCAGAAGUUUGAGACCCCCGGCAUCAUGCAGUUCACCAACGAGGAGAAGCGCACGCUGCUGGCCAGGCUGGUCCGCUCCACCAGGUUUGAGGAGUUCCUCCAUCGGAAGUGGUCGUCGGAGAAGCGUUUUGGUCUGGAGGGCUGUGAGGUGCUGAUCCCAGCCUUGAAGACCAUCAUCGAUAAGUCGAGUGAGAAGGGAGUGGAUUACGUUAUCAUGGGGAUGCCGCACAGGGGACGCCUGAACGUCCUCGCCAAUGUGAUCAGGAAGGAGCUGGAGCAGAUCUUCUGCCAGUUCGACUCCAAGCUGGAGGCUGCGGAUGAG